AUGACGAAACCAACGGACGUGGCGAUCAAAACGGGCAAAACGACGUUCAGCUCGCAGCAAGACGCCGUGUUUCGCUUCUCCGUGUUCCCCGAGAAGAUUUGGAUUGAACGACAGGCGACAAAACAGCAGUGGCAAUGUACAGUACCGUCCGUGGACGAGUUUGCGCUAAAGGGCGCGAGCAUUCCCCAUGACCUCGUCAUGGAUUAUCUCGGCAUGAGCCUCGCGCGCUCGGAGGCGGUCCGAACCAGCGACUUCGAAGUGGACCUCUUGGGAAUGGGUGGAGACCGCAUGCGGCUCGAUUUCGCACUGAAGUUUUCCAUCGCGGGCAAAGCGUGGCAACCCGAGUACCAAUUUGUGCUCGAGCCGAUCGAAGUCACUGAGACGCAAAUGCUGCUGGCCGUGCUACAAGAAGCCGAAGAGAAUUUGGAGCAGCUUCGCGCGAUUGUUCCCGCGUGGGUUGUCGAUAGCACGGACCCCUUUGUGACUCGAACCGAAAAGGCGAUCCAGAUGAUUGCUCUGAAGGGCACGACAGCCUGGCUGUACCUUUGCACGUUGGUGAAAUGGCUGGUGGAAGACUUUGACUCGCAUGUCAGGACCGCAGCAACGUGGGGCGUGCGUGCCACGCGGCAGUCGGGUACCGCUGCGGGGAAGUACUGGUCGCUGUUCACGGAAAUGGCAGCCCAAGCGUUCCGAAACAUGGGGCGAUUCCUAUCGGAGCACUGUACAGCGCACGCGUGA